AUGGAUCCUCUAUCUAUCGCGGCUGGUUGCGCCGGCCUGAUAUCGACGAUUGGCACUCUUUCGCUGUCAAUCCAUGGAUUCGUCCGAACAUGCCGAGAGGCUCGCAAAGACCUAGACAAGGUAUCGCGGGAGCUGCAGUCUCUCCAGUCGGUUCUCAGGCUCAUUGAAGAUGACGCUACCAACGAGGAAAAGCCCUUUCCCCCGGUAAUCGGACAACACGUUUUGAGUAUCGUCUCAAAUUGCAACUCAGUCAUUCUCGAGAUUGGGGCCUGUAUUGCUCAGUACGGACAAAAGCGGUUGAAAGCCCAGGUGAUGUGGGCCAUAGGCGGACAAGGCGAUGUUGAGAAGUUGAGAACAAAUCUAGAGGCUCACAAGUCUUCGUUGGAGCUGGCACUGGAUAUGCAUAGCUUGGCGAUAACGAAAGACAUCAAAGCUGAUACUACCGAGAUUCGCUAUGACACUACGAGUAUCAGGGAAAAUACCGAACAAAUCUUGCAAGAGAUUGUUCGUCUCCAGGCUCAGCUACCCAAAGAUGUCACUACGCCAAACGACUAUGUCCUCCAGAGGUUUUUGGAGGAGAUGACGACAUAUACGGAGACGGCAUUGGACACAACUAUCGUUGGCAGCGAUGACGACAGCAUUCAAGCAUUUUACGACAUUGAAGAAGUCUCUGAAGCCUCAGCGGACCAAAAAAGAUCUGAUGACAGCUUGGCUACCUCAAACGAGCCACAACCCCCAAACGUUUCUGAAGCUGAAAGGGCCUCUGAGCCCCCGGCAAAUACGAACCCUAGCGGUAAUUUGACGUCCUCGCAAGAGCCCCCAAGCCAGCAGUCGGCCGCAUCCAGAAAAGCCGUGAAACAUUUUUCACGCCGCUUGAAUAAAAGGCCUCACCUACAGGCCGAUCAUGCCGAAUUUCCAGCAAGUCAGGGUCCAUCCAAAAAUGAAGCCACCUCGGCACAACAGAGGGCCUCAGCUUUGAAGGAGGCAUCAGCAAGCAAGGAUUCGGACACAGGAGCUAGAGGAAAGAAGGCCCAAGGACGCGGGGUUACCCUCACGCCCAGCGAAGCCCCGAUGCCCAAAAGUGCUGAUGAUGACCCGGGCACUUCAAAAGAGCCGCAGCCCGCACGCUUAUCCAACGACGAGGCUCCAGCACUAGAUUUCAGUCCAAAUUCAAAGCUCCUGGCUAGCAAGAGCACAGAUGCAGGCACCACAGAGAAUAAAAAGUCCAAGAAACGCACGACUGCCCUCAAUGAGCCCACGAUUGACUCGUCGGGCAAUGCCCACGUCAAACUCGUUGACGGAAACCUGGCCGUCGACUUCCGCUACCUUAACCCAUUAGCAAAUAGGGCGAGCGAGAUCGAAAUGUCCUAG